AUGAUACGCGGUCAAGAUGCACAUGGAGGCAAUGUUCAAUCAGAAAAUCCUGUUAUUCAUCAUGAUGAUGUCAAAUGUGAUCAUUGUCAAAAUGAUGUUAUUGGAAUUCGUUUUGAUUGUGUUCAUUGUCCAUCAUUAACAUUUUGUGAAAAAUAUGAACAACAAACAACAUUAAAUCAUUCAACAGAAAAUCAAUUUCUUCAACAGCAACAACAACAUGUUUUCAAAUUUAUUAUGGUGCCACAAGAAGAAGCUAAUUAA